CGCCUGCGCGAGGGCCAUGGCAGCCCGUCGCACCUGAGGAGGGUGGGAGGCGGUGGUGUCCCCUUCCCUGCGGCGGGCGGGAGAGUUAGAUAGCGACCUAAGAAAAGACCAUGAAAGAUACUGACAUCAAGAGACUUCUGUAUACCAAUCUUCUGUGCAUAUUUUCCAUUGUCCUAAGCAUUUUUAUCCCAACCAUCUUCUUGGAUAACUUCUCGAUAUUGGAAACUCACUUGACCUGGUUGUGUAUUUGUUCUGCUUUUGUGACUGCUGUCAAUCUUGUGCUAUAUUUAGUAGUGAAACCAAAUGUAUCUUCUAGAAGGAGUUCAUUAUCACAUAAGGUCACCAGGGCUUUGAAGUGCUGCAUCUACUUCCUUCUGUCUUGUUUUUUCCUUCAUAUCAUUUUUGUUCUGUAUGGAGCACCGCUAAUAGAGUUGGUGUUGGAAACAUUUUUAUUUGCAGUUAUUCUGUCUACUUUUACUACAGUACCUUGUUUGUGUUUGCUAGGACCAAACCUCAAAGCAUGGCUGAGAGUGUUCAGUAGAAAUGGAGUUACAUCCAUUUGGGAGAACAGUCUUCAGAUCACUACAAUUUCAAGUUUUAUAGGAGCAUGGCUUGGAGCAUUUCCUAUUCCACUGGACUGGGAAAGACCAUGGCAGAGGGUGUUGAAUCCCAGCGCUGAAGUUACAGAUGGUUGUGAGCCUCCGUGUGGUGCCGGAAACCAUACUCGGUCCUCUGGAAAAGCAGCCAGUGCUCUUUACUGCUGAGCCAUCUGCCCCAGCCUACACUGUUCCUUUCAAACAGUUUUUAUUUCACAUAAAAAACACACGUGUCCAGUUUAUUUGUAUAUUUUAAAAGUGCUUUUUGGCUUAUGAAGAUGAAAUUAUUUUAUUUCUGGAAAUAAAACUUACUACAGGUUUCAUUUACCCAAAUUCUAUACUAGAUAAUAUAAAAUCUUUAUUAAUUUUUAUUACUUUGAGAAAACAGACCUUUUUUUGUUCUUAUUCAAGUGAUAAAGGAAAAAAAAAAACCACAGUAACAUAAUUUAUAGGAAGAAACAUAAUGGUGCCCAGAAAGCAAGGCAUUUUUAUUUAUUGGGGGGAGGGGGUUGCUUAAGUUGGCUUUUUGUUUUCCUUUUUUUUUCCUUGGUGUCUUUUUUUUUUUUUUUUUGAGUAUGCUGUAGCCAGGAUGGCCUCAAGCGUGUGGUGAUCCAGCCUCUGAAGUACAAGGUCACAGGCGAGAUUUUGUGAGAUAAAGUCUUGCUUUGCAGCUGUGCUAGUCAGACACAAGCGAGAGUCAUCUGUGAGGAGGGCACCUCCGUGAGAAAAUGCUUUCAUGAGAUGGGGCUUCGGCAAGUCUAUAGGGCAUUUUCUUAACUAGUGGUGUGGGAGGAUCCAACCCAUUGUGUGUGGUGCCACUCCUGGGCUGGUGGUCCUGGGUUCUAUAAGCAGGCAUGGCCUCUGUAUCAGCUCCUGCCCUGUUUGAGUUCCUGACCUGACUUCCUUAGAUGAUGGAUAGAGAGAUGUGGAAGUGUAAGUCAAAUAAACCCGUUCUUUCUUCCCCAAGUUGCUUUUGGAUAUGGUGACUCAUUACAACAUGGCCACCCUAAGACGGCAUCCUAUACUUCAAAUGAACCAUCCUCUUCCUCGGCCUCCCGAGUGUUGGGAUGAGAGGCAGGUGCACUGUGCAUAGCUAGGAUGCUGACUUUGUACCCGAUGAAGCUGCUCAUCUCUAAAAUAGGGUUUUCUUUUGAUAACUUUACUAAUUUUAUCUACUUGCAUUGCAUUAUGUUGUUAUAUAACAUGAGAUGUUUCUUCCAGUUAGUGAUUUUAAAGAAAUAUUUGAAGUUAAAAGGAAUUAAAUAAAAUGAUCAUCACUUUGGUGGCAAACUAUGAAUGGCUUUCUUAACAUGAAUGUCUUUGUUCUCAAUUUCCUAUUUUCCUUACAUAAAACCAAGUAAUUAUAUGGUGAUCUCAGAUCAUCAUAAUUUGGAGAAGUACUUGUAUCUCUGCAGCUGAAAUAGCACAUAAGUUCUAGAGAUUCUCAUGAAAUACGAACGUGCCAUAAAGAAUCUUAAAACAAGUCUUUAUGUGAAACAGGAAAAUAGUUUUAAAUGGAAAACUUAAGAUCUCAUUAAAAUAUAAUUAAGCUGGGCUGAGUCGAUAAGUCGGGAUGAAUUCUGUGCUGUGGUGUGGUUUUAAACAUUUUAAAGCAAUUGUAAGAAAGCCAGCAAGAAGCGCGUAGGAGAUUGUUAACUGUUAAGGACUUGUGUGUCACCGGAGAGCCAUGCCAGCCUUCUGAAAGGCACAAAGCCCGCACCAUCACUAGAAAACCGUCUGGAAAGUUGGGACAUUUUCUUUUGCUGACGGUAUGGAUGUCUUGAGCUUUACAUAACAGUGACUUACUGAAUGUUCCAAGCUUUAACCCCUUAGAGGAGAAAAUCAUUUAAACCAACAUUUAUUUCAUUUUUCCACAUUCUUUGGAAGUGAAGUAUGGCAGCUGUCUAAAAUGUGUGGCUGUGUAUGUCUGUGUGUUUGAGAACAGUGAACCACAGUGUGAUUAAAACAGAAUUUAGUGCCCGAAAUUGGAAUUUGGCUGGGAGCCACAGGGAUUGUUACUUUCCCCCACACUCUGACUGACAGAGAGCCUUUUAGGGGGUGCAGGUGCUCACACAUUACCGACAGAGGACUUUGUAGGGGUGCAGGUGCUCACACAUUGCCGGGGCGAGCAGUCUCAAAGCAGAGGGAGGGGAUUAAAUAAAAACUACUAAGGUGAGAAGUUGAGUGCUUUACAUAAAUAGUAAACUGCAUUUCAUUUUAUUUAUGACCCCAUAUGUUAGGAAGGGACGCUGUUGAAGUAACAAUCACUUAAAAAGCAACAACCAACAAACCAGUAUUUAAUUUGGUAUUUAAAACCAAUAAUUAAAAAGUCAAAUGGAAGCAAUGUCUAAAGUAACUAAGAUAAUUCAUAACAAAUAGCAGGAACCCAAGCUCUUACUUAUUGGAAAUAUAAUUCAUUGCAAGUAAGCUACAAUGUAAGGAUGGAGUAAGGGCACACAUUAGCAAAGUUCUAUGAGAUUCCCCUAACAAUUUUAAAGGACUUCAGAACAAAUUUUCUGUGCAAACACUGAUGAAUUAUAAUUUCUUCUAAGUUCGUUCAUACAUGACCUUAUUUGAAGCACUGCAUUCACUAGCACAAUUCAUGUUAAUAAAAUAGUUUUGAAACGUAUUUUCUUUCUUAGGUAUUUCACUAGUUUGAAAGGGAUUUUUCCAGAGACUAGUCUGAAUUUCUGUCGCAGCCUAAGCCUUUAAUGAAGAUAUGCUUCUGAAAAAUAAGGCAUAUUCUCUAUAAUCUGCCCAUGAAUAGAAAACAAAUCUUUGGUUUUUUUGGUUAAAGUGGCAGAGAAGAUUUUGCAAAAAGAAAUACUAAAUAACCAACACAAAGAGCUCUUAACAAGCAAUGGGAACUCCAAACCCCAUCAAGGUAAAUAGAGUACCUAAGGCACCUCAGGUUCAGAUGAUACAAUCGUCUGCUUAGAGUUCGAGUAUUCUAUAUACAUGGUUCUUACCAUCUGCAGAAAGGGAAGCUGAAAAGGCGAUGCCCAUCGAUGAGUGCUAUGAAUCAAAGAGAGUGAAAGCUUGUGAGUGGGAGGGACACUGGAGAGCGUUCCCAUGGUCACAGCAUGAGGAGACCAGCGACACCAGUGCGCCUUUCCCGAUUCUUAAUCCAUUUCUCUUGGAGCAGGAAAGUUCUUGACUUUAACUUCACUGCCUAAUACACUAAGUGUAUUACACAAAUGUAAUUUCACAAAUGUAGAUUUGAAGAAAAAAAAAGAGAAAAACCAAGACCCAAACCCAUCAAAUCUCCAAAGGCAACUUGGAAAUGAAUAACACUUUACUGUCGGGAUUCCUUCAUAUCAUGGGUUUGACAACUUAGCUAGCAUGUUAACUCAUUAUACAGUUUCUUUCAGUUCUAUCUAAAAACAGACCAAAACAAAAUGGGGAAGAUACAGAAGCCCCAUCUGAGCAUACAUAAGGCCAUGAUGCUUAAUGUGAACCACCGCUGCUUGGAGAAAAAGACAUCCCACGUCCACUUCCAAGAGAAAGCUCUUGUCCAGUAGACUGUCCACUACCAAGUGGGGGGCGUGUGGUGCUUAGACUUCAAAAACUCCUACAAAGUCACAUGCAAGACAGUACAUCUAGAUUUGUGACUGGUAGAACAUUUAAGGCUGUCAUUUUCAAGUAUCAAUGUUUAGUGUUCCAUUACCCAAUCUGUGCAGUAGACAAAGCUGUGAGCACAAGUCCUAGAAGAUAACAGAAGCUCGCUAAAGACAAAGAAGUCGUAGUUUAAGCAACAGCAAAUUUAAAUCUAAGAAAGGCCGGCAACACGAUAUGGAUUAGAUUAUGCUUCCCUAAACUGCAUGAGGUGGUUCUCAUGGAAGCGUCAUCUAACACUACUGUCUGUUGCAUGGCGUUUAGAAUAAGGCAGAUCCAUAGCAGACUGAGGAAGAAAACCAAAUGGUACCAGCCAGUUAUUAAGGUGGUUUGUCUCCAGUACACUGUGAUGGCCUAUUCCCCGAGAAGGGUCAGCAGUGGCUCCAGUACACCAAAUAAGCUUUACAAAGAGACAUGGAAGUUUGCUUCCCAUAUUUUUUUACACAGGGCUUUUUAUGUAGGGACCCACAUAUCCUGUCUGUGGCAUUAAAGAAAUCGCCAUUAUUUAGUUCUGGUUUAAUAAAGUAUGACAUGGCUGGAAAAACCGUCUUGGGAAGCCUUAUACUCUAUGUGUAUAAGCUGUGGGCUGUACCCUCUGUGGCUACGGUAUCUGUAGCUCAUGGAAGCCAAACACCCUCCCAUUCCACAGAACAUGCUUAGAGUCUAGGUCUUCCCUGACACCACUGAAGGUUCCUAAGGUUUGUCAGCCUACUCACUUCUUGUUUCCUUUGAUGUACACAGCCAAAGUGGGAAUUAGAAAAAUGACCAACUAACUCAGAGAGCUAAACUGAGUUCAGGAUUAUGGCAAACUAUGACCCAAUUUUUAAAUUUGUACCUUAGCAUGUAUUUCAUGCAGUUUGGGGAACAUCAAACUAAAUCUACAGUUGCCCAGAAGCCUUGCUACCUUUUGAUGCACAUUAACUAAAAUGUGUAUAUUUUAGUGUUCAUGGUAAAUGCAAUUAUGACCUAUUAAACUUUUGGCAUUCUUUAAGAAAGCACAUUAAGCUUCACUAUAGAAAUGUUUAUGUUAUACUUAAUUUGUGCUCAAGUAAUAAUAAAACAUCAGUUGGUUUUGAUUUCAUAAUUCUUUCCUCAGGUGUGGCCCAUCUCCUGUACACUUGGAGCAACCUUUGGCUACGUGGCUGGCCUGGUGAGCUCACCACUCUGGAUAUACUGGAAUAGAAAGCAACUCACAUACAAGAGCAGUUAAGAGGAGGAAGGGGAGAAGCUGUUUCUCGGUGCAGAUUCCAUAAGGGCUGUGCAGAGGUGGAUGGUCAAAGCCAAGCGGUUCCAUUUACAGCACUGUUGUUUGUCAAUGUUGUCUCAAUGUGAUGUGAUUGUAGCUUUUAACUAUGAAACCCCUGAGAGAUUGUACCUUCUAGUUGAAAUAAAGUAUUUAUA